GAGGAAUUUGCCCUUAACAAACAUGGCCGUCGAAGGCUUGCAACCUGUAAAAACAUCUUUGACCCGAUGCUCAUCCCGGUGAAAUCCCAUUGGUUGCCCGGAGCAAGAUUACUUGUGAUUGGCUGCUGAAGCAGGGGCGCUCUCUCUCAGUAACCGUUAGGUGUCUCUCUGUCCGUGUUACCGUAAAUACACCAGAGACUGCGUACAUAGCGCCUGUGGGCCGGCCCGCUGAGUGGGCUGACUGAUGUAUGCGCGUCUGGUAGGGGUUGUCGGUAUCCGUCUGCUGGAGGAAUCCGCUGCUCGGCCACUCCGCGAACUGACUGAAUAUGGCGCCACGGUGGGACUGAAGCACAAACCCCCGGAGAUGGGGCAGGAGAGCGGGGAGUAUGUAUUGGAGCCGCUGGCGCCCGGCGACGACGCACCGUGUGACCGCUUCAAACACGCCUGCGCCUCGUAUGACGGCUACGUGUACAUCCACGGCGGGCGGCACAACGGCAUGCUGGGGGACCUGUGGAGAUACAGCGUAGCUCUCGGACGCUGGGAAGAAUUACCGGGUUCCCCGGGAGCGCCAGAUAAAUUAGAGGGUCACUCCAUGGUGGCGCAUGAUGGCGUCCUCUAUGUGUUUGGGGGUCUUAUGGACUCAGGAUCGAACUGUGAGACCACCCCGCUCUGGAAGUACGCCAUCGGUCCCAGAAAGUGGUUUUCCGGACGAUCUCCGGAGGGGAAGGAGAAAAAGCCACGGAACCGGAAGGGCCACAGCGCCGUCGUGUACCAGUCGUCCAUGUACGUCUACGGCGGAUACUUUGAUAUCAGCGGAGUGGUGGAUGAAUUCUGGGGGUUUUAUUUCGAUGCAGAGAAAUGGGCCGAGCUGAGUCCCACCACCCGUGGUCUUGGCCCCGGGCCCCGGCACGGCCACUCCUGUGUUACUCACAAUUCUGCCAUGUACCUGUUUGGGGGACUGAAGCAGAUGACCGAACAGAACGACUUCUGGAGGUUUGAUUUCCGGAGACACAACUGGUCCAGCAUCAAAACCAGUUCUGGGCCUCCUAAACUGGUGGGACAUUCAUCCGUCACCCACGAGGGCUGCAUGUGGAUAAUCGGGGGAGGGUUACCCUAUCGCAGUCCGGCCGGCAACCUCUGGAAAUACCAUUUCAACUCUCGGACGUGGAAGAAAGUAUCGCCAGGGAAGGAGAACAGUCUCCACGCCAAAAUGUAUCACUCAGCAGUGGGAGUGGGCCCUCAAUCUCAGCCAGGACUUUGUGAUGGGGCGUCGAGACACACAGCGGACAUAAGACCAUUUUCAGAUAAAUCUUACUUUUUUCACACAAAGAGCACCAAUAAAGUGGCGAAUAUUCCCGCAGGAGACGUAAUAGAACUGGAAACCAUGAAGAAGUUCCCAGCGAGCCCCGUUUUCUGCGCCUGCCCGUUCUCGGGGAGCGAGCACUCAGACGAGCAGCGCUUACUCUCAAACUGCGAGAACGAGGCGUUUACGGGGGAGACGGAGGAGAAGGGAGAGGAUUUGCCCCUCGUGAGGGCGCCGGGCGAAGACGAUCAGAAUAUCUGCUUAAUCUUUGGUGGAAAACCCCUGGCGUCGGGUUGCGGGAUCUCUGUCUGGCGCCUUAAACUCGGUUAGCGCGGUGAGACGGCCUUCGGCGAGAGGAAAAAUCCCGCGGUUGUUUUACCUUUCGGUUUUACUGGAUUCUCAACUUUUCGGUGCUACAGAGAAUAGGAGUUUAUAAUCGCU